ACCUUCCUGACAACGGGGAGUCCACGUCGGUGCGGGGUAGCAUCGCACAGGCUGGCACCGGGGGUCAUGGCACAAGUGGGGCACAGGGUGGAUUACCUGGCAGGAUUCUGCUGCCCGGUGGGGGGGCUGGCAGCUGGGAAGCCCAGAGUGCUGUGCCACGACAACCAGAUCUACCUCUCCAAUGGCACUGAGUAUGUCUAUGUCUACGAUCAAGAAGGGCGGCUGAUGAAGGCUGUCUACAGGUUUCCAGAUCAAGUCUGGCACGUGGAGCUCCUGCCCUUCCACCAGCAGCUUUAUAUCCUGUGUGCCGGAGUGGGCAUUUAUUGUGUGUCCUUGGACUACCAAAGCAGGUUAGUGAAGCAGACAGAUGGAGAGGAAAAUGACUGCUUCUCCACCGUCCUCCCCAUGGGCUCCAAUGCCUGCACUUUCCCCGAUGCCACGCUUUGCACCUUCACUCUGCUCAACGAUGUCCUCGUCACCCUCUCCCAAGUUCAGGGGAAGUGGUGCAUGAAUCUCCACAAGCUCCCAAGCCCCGAGGACCAGGAGAACUUGCUGCGUCAACCAAUCAGCCAUGUGGAUAUCACCACCUGCACGAGCAAUGAUGGGGACGUGUCCCUAGCUCACUUUCUUCCAGUCCUCUGUUGUGCAUCUUCUCCUAGCACCAGUGGUUCCAAGGAGGGUCUUCGCCACUCAGGAGGAUUCAUUCUGGAGGAGCCUCUCUUCAGCCUCCUGUUUGGUGUUGAUGCUGCCAUGUUGGAUUCCCCCAUGAUCCUGUGUGGCUUCCCAGAUGGACAGUUGUGCUCCGUGCCACUGAAGUCUCUGAGUUCUCCUGACAACCGCUGUUGCGAAGAUUCACCUGUCAAGAUCCUUCAUCAUUUGGAGGAGCCAGUUGUCUUCAUUGGGGCCUUGAGGACAGAGCGGAAGUCCCCGGAAGCCGAAGAGGCGCCUGCAUUUGGAGACUUAGGCUGCGACUGUGUCGUGGCUCUGGGGCACUACGGGAAAAUGGUGGCCAUCAAGGCAGCUCAGGGGGAAGAAGUCAAGGUCCCAGAGCUCCGAGAAUAUUGCCUGCAGGGGCCUGUCCUGUGCGCAGCGUGCAGUGGAGGCAGCCGCAUGUACUACAGCACCCACUCUGACAUCUAUGCUGUCGACAUGGAUAGUAACACCACCGAUGCAGAGAAGUUGGAGGACUCCUCUGGGACCCUCCCACCUGCUUUGUCUCCUGCCAGCUUGAGUAUCUGCAGCGUGGUGGCCCUUUCCUUAUCUUCCCGAGAGUCAGAAGGUGAGUCUGAACUCCUGGCUUUGUCUGCGAAGGGCCGACUCAUGACCUGUGGCUUGUGCAGCCCAGACGAUACCCAGCCUGUCAAGAUGAAUCCCGAUAAAGCUGGACAGAGAAUCAAAGAGCUGCUCUCUGGGAUAGGCCAUGUCUCUGAAAGAGUGUCGUCCCUAAAAAAAGUUGUGGACCAGAAGAACCGGGCUUUGACAAGCUUGAAUCAGGUGAUGAAUGUGAGUGCGGCUCUGCUGUCCAGUCAGAAUGGUCAGAAGCCCAUCACUUGUACCAUCGCUGCCCACUGGAGCCGCUUGCUAGUUCAGGAUACCUUGACAGUCUCCUGCAUAUUAGAGAACUCGAGCGAGUGCAGCCUGGAGCGAGGCUGGACCCUCUGCGUUCAGCUCUUCGCCAGCUCCUAUGACUUUGAGGAAGGCUCCUCAGAUUCUGCCACCACGGAUCCUGCCACCACCUACACCUUCCCUAUAGAUCAGCUUCUUCCUGGGAACAAGACGGAGGUGACACUGCCCUUAGGCCCUGCUGAGGGCUCCAAGCUGGAACUGCCUUUCACAGUCUCCUGUUCUCUCUACUAUGGCCUGCGGGAGAUCCUGGGCACUGUCUCAGAGUCCACCGAGCUGCUUGACGACCUCCUUUCUGAUGAUUCCCCUGGCCUUUCCCCAGACAGAGAAGGUAUCUACCUGCCCUUGAAGGAAGUCACCAUUGACAUCCUGCAUUGCCUCCGCUUGGAUGGUGGCAGCAGAGGAUCUGAAGCUACCUCACCUGCAGCUGCCAUCUCUCUCCCUAUGGAUCCACUUGAUACCUUCCUGAAACUGUCCCGGGUGCAGUCUGAUCUCGAGAGCAUGGAAAGUGGUGAAGAGCUUGUUCCAAGUGCUCUGGGAGAGGAUUACUUGGCUCCAUCGGUGGCUUCUAUCAAGGUGUCCUCUGAGUUGCUGAGAACUGCCCUGAAAGACACUUCUGAAGGAGCAUCGCUGUGCUGCGCUGCACUGUGCUGGUUGCUGGCAGAGAAUGCUGAGACAGCUGCGCUCCAAGGCCAGGAUGCAACAACAGUGCAGGGGCUGGCCCCAGACGGAGGAGAGGUGCAGCUGAACAUCCGAGAGGUGACUGUAAGUGACCUGAGCCCAGCAGGCCCCAUCCAGGCUGUGGAGAUCAUAAUCCAGAGCUCACUGCUAGCGAACAUGUGCCAGUUGCACCAUGCUGUGGUCAGGCGUAUUCAGGCUCUGGUUUUGGAGCAGGCCGCCCAGGACUCUUCUUCUCCGGAUGUCCGUAUGCAGUACCUCCACCAGAUCCAAGCCAACCAUGAGACACUCUUAAAGGAGGCACAGUCUCUCCGUGACCGUCUGUGCUUGGGGAAUGAUUCAGAUGCAGCGGUGGAAAAACUCCUGCAUGUUUACCGGCAGCUGCGCAACCCCAGCCUUGUCGUCCUGUGAAUGCUGAGCUGUGGUUACCCAUCCUGGCACACCAUCGAAGGCUCCAUGAUCCUCUCUGCCCAGUGCCAUUGGGUGGAUGGCUGUACGCCUUGGGAACUGACUGAGGACCGGAGGGGUGUCAUAGGAGGGAGGAGAGCAGGAUUCUCUCUGGGCGAGCCCUGCUUCUGAUUGGCUGUUCUGCUCGCGGCUGGAGAUUGAAGGCUCAGGGGCUCCGCCCAUUUAAUUUAUUAUCUCGCCUUCCCCCUUCUAAUGUGAUUGUUUUUUGCAGGGUUCUGAAUUCCUGCCCACCCCUGGCCGAUCUGAUCAGUGCCCCUUGGCGGUCUCAC